UCCUUCUUUCUUGUAAGUCACCUCAACUGCAUGGAACCAGGUAAUGAUACACGGAUUUCAGAGUUUCUUCUUCUGGGAUUGUCAAAUGAACCAGAAUUGCAGCCCCUCAUGUUUGGAAUUUUCCUCUCCAUGUACCUGAUCACUGUAUUCGGGAACCUGCUCAUCAUUCUGGCCAUCAGCUCAGGCUCCCACCUCCACAUCCCCAUGUACUUCUUCCUCUCCAACCUGUCCUUUGUAGACAUCUGUUUUACAUCCACCACCAUCCCAAAGAUGCUGUCGAAUAUUCAGACCCAGAGCAAAGUCAUAACCUAUGAAGGCUGCAUCACACAAAUUUAUUUUUUCAUACUGUCUGCAGUGUUGGACAUCUUCCUCUUGACAGUGAUGGCCUAUGACCGGUUCGUGGCCAUCUGUCACCCCCUGCAAUAUACAGUCAUUAUGAAUCCUCGGCUCUGUGGACUGCUGGUUCUGGUAUCCUGGAUUGUGUGUAUCCUGAAUUCCUUGUUACAAAGCUUAACGGUGUUACACCUUUCCUUUUGCACAGAUGUGGAAAUCCCCCACUUUUUUUGUGACCUCAGUCAGAUGAUCCAACUUGCCUGUUCUGACAACUUUGUUAAUAACACGGUGAUGUAUUUUGCAGCUGUUCUGCUGGGUGGUGGUCCUUUGGCGGGGAUCCUUUACUCUUACUCUAAAAUAGUUUCCUGCAUAUGUAGAAUCUCAACAGCUCAAGGGAGGUAUAAAGCAUUUUCUACCUGUGCAUCUCACCUCUCCAUUGUGUCCUUAUUUUUUUGUACCAGCCUAGGAGUGUACUUCAGCUCUGCUGCUACCCACAGCUCACAUUCAAGUGCAACAGCAUCAGCAAUGUACACUGUGGUCACCCCCAUGCUGAACCCCUUCAUCUAUAGUCUGAGAAAUAAAGACAUAAAGAGGGCUCUGAAAAAACUAUUUGGGUUGGCAGGUCUAAAAAGACAAACUGCUCUGGGUCUAUAG